AUGUCUAGUCCAGAACAAUUGAUUGCAGAGGCCGAAAAGAAGUGCAAGAAGGUUGGAGGGCUUGCUUCUUUCUUUGGAUCGUCCCAGCAAUCCAGAUAUGAAGAGGCUGGGGACCUGUAUGUCCAAGCUGCAAAUCUUUAUAAGUUACAAAAGAGAAAUACCCAAGCAGGACAGACCUUUGAGAAGGCUGCUGAGAGCCAGAAGCUGGCCGAGUCGCCAGAUGAGGCUGCCAACACGCUGGUCGAAGCCUUCAAAUGUUACAAGACCGAGGUUCCUAUCGAAGCGGCUAGAUGUCUUGAGCAGGCGAUCGAAAUGUUUGUGCGCAAGGGUCAAUUCAGACGUAGUGCCAAUUUCAAAGCUGACCUGGGCGAACUUUACGAGAACGAACUGAACGAUAUUCCAAAGGCAAUCCAGAGUUAUGAAGACGCCAGCGAAUGGUAUAAGGGAGACUCGGCCUCUGCAUUGGGCAACAAGUUUGCUCUGAAGGCUGCUGAUCUUUACUGCGACAACACUGUUCAGGAAUAUGCGAAAGCGGCAGUUGUGUAUGAGAGAGUGGCUAAAGAGUCUUUGAACAACAACCUGGCCAAAUGGUCUUUGAAAGAGUAUUUCCUGAAAGCCAUUUUGUGCAGACUUGCAGACAACAACGACUACGCGAGCGGGAAUGCUCUUCUCCAAAGAUUCACACAAUGGGAUCCUACUUUCGAGAGCACGAGAGAGUAUGAGUUUGCUUCCAAGUUGGUGGAGGCAGUGCGUAACGGAAGCCCUGACGACAUUGCAAAUAGCGCCAAAGAAUUCGACAAGUUCUCCAGACUGGAUGCCUUCAAAAUUAGAAUACUCAAUAAGAUAAAGACCAGCGUUGUGGAGGCGCCUGAACAACUGGACGAAGACUUCACCUAA